GGCAAUCACUCCGUUGUGCAUCGAUUGACAUUUCGUGUACCAAUCAAGUAUGCGUAUUGAAUUAGAACGCCAACCAGAUUCAACCAGAGUAAUUGCGUCUUGAAAAUAUGUGAAAUAUUUCUAUGUGAAUCAGUUUAAAAUAUUUCCAUCGUGCAUUAGAUGCGAAAUUGACAUAAAUAUUAUCAAGUGAAAAUUGAAUAAACGAAGUUUUGCUCGUGAAUUGAUGAUUGAAAAGUGUACUGAGUGUAGACUUGCAAAUCUAAAGCGUCUUAACCUCAAUAUCGUCGAACGCCGAGGGAAACAUGGACAAGGAACGAGGAUAUGCCCAAAGUCUACAGUGCGAUCAGGAUAACCACGAUAAAUUCUGCUGGAAAUGUCACAUCAAAGUAAACAUUCGGACAGUUUGUAAAAAAUGUUGUCGUUCAUUCCACAAAUAUUGUCUCGAGAAUCCAAUGGACCGAUGGACAUGCCCCAUGUGCAUUAAAUUGGAAGAAGCACAGCAAGCCAGCUUGGUGAAACCACCAAACAUACGAUUGCUGGCAUUCAUGAUGGGACGUGUCUUGCGAAAUCAAAAGUUCAAAAUGUUUGAGUACAUGGGCUGCUGGAAAUUCGAACCGAACGACAAUAGAAAGAUCAUCAAUCCGAUUGACUUGAACGAGAUCAACGCUAACAUCCAGUCGAAUACAUACAAUAGCCUAGAGGCAUGUAUUGCGGACAUCGAAUGGAUUCACCAUAAUUGUUUUGUCUACUUUUCUGAAAAUCACAAAUUCACCGCUGCAGCAGCGAAGCUGCUUCAGUUCUGCACCGAUGAAUUGUCCUCGAUGAAGAGCUGUGCCACUUGUUACGAGCACAAAUACAAUAGUCCCAGCGAUUGGAUGAUCAGACCAUGCGAACAGCCACAUUUAAUCUUAUGGGUUGACAUCAAGCACCUCGAUUUUUGGCCCGCUGACAAAGGAUUCAACUUUUGGCCUGCGAAACUGUUGGGCAUUGAAGAAGAUCGAAGUCUGCAAGUUGUUUUCUUCGGGCAUCACGAAAUGGCUCAAAUAGACACCGCUUUUUGCUAUUUGUACUCGGGACAAAAUCCGAAUCCGGUGAAUCUGACAUCAGAUCCGAGAGACAUUGCCGUUGCAUUGGAGGAGGUCGAAUCGUACAUAAAAAAUGUGUGCAAAAAGUUCGGCGUGUUCACGAAUAUUCUGUUGGAAAGUGUGCCAUUGAGAACGCCGUUCAACUGGCAAAGCCUUAGCGAACAUUUGGAGAUAAUUUUUCCUGGGCUUGGCAAUCGCAUUCACAUGCAAGACGAUUCUGUGCUAGAGGUAUCUGACGAUGUAUCAUUGACUCAGUAUGCGAGCUAUGAUCAAUCCAUCCCGUUCGACUUGACCAACCUGAACGGUGCAUCUGCUAAUCGAGCCGGCGGUGCCAAAAAGUCUGUAUACUUCCCAUCACAUGAAUAUGAUCAUUCACCUGAAAAGAGAUUCAAAUUUGAUUUUGAUAACAGUUCACCAGUCGUUGGCGCUCCGCAUGUGUCUGUUUACAAGCAAAACUUGGGCAAAUGCAUGAAAACCUUUUCUGGUGUGUUCGAUCAAGUUUUCGAAUUGAAUGUUAAACUCGAGCAAAAUGUUCGAGCCAUGGAGGAGAAGCAUGAGCACGAAGUCAAGACACUCGAACAGCGAAACGAAUACUUGGCUGAUCAAAUCGAGAAGCUAAAGAAAGACAUGAAAAAUGAGCUGGAAUUGAUGGAAAAAGCACAUCGUCUCAAAGAGAAUAGUCUGAAACAAGAACAAUCUGCACGCUUAGCGAAAUUGUCCGAGGAACAAGAACGACAAUGGGCAUCAAAAUUGAGAUGUGAACUACAAUCCAUCAACAAUAGGCAUGUCCAUGAAAUCGCAUUGCAAAAAGCCGAAUACGAAAAGAAAAUCGCCGACUUGGAGGCCGAAAGAACGAAACUAUUCAUGGACAACUACGAUUUGAUUGAACAGAAAAAUGAGGAACGCAAUCAAGCCGUGGAACAAGCCAGAAAACAAUGCAAAGAAGAGUAUGGAGCAUUGAUUGAAGAUGCUAAAGGCAAAACAUACUGCAUCGCAUGUGGCGUCGGAAAACCACUCGACCUAUUCUAUGUCUGCGACAAGAAUUGUCAACGUCGAUACUGCGAAAAAAAGUUCUAGAGAUACACCAAAAUAAUUCGCACGGAAAAUUUGACUAGAGUCACAUCAAGCAUCCUGUUUCUACACUCAAACAUGCCCACGAUGAACCGGUUCAAGGAACAUAGUGGUUUAAGAUUUUUUUUUACCAAAAGACAUAUUUUUCUACCAAAAACAAAGUCAUGCUGUAGUUCAAGUAUAUGAAUGCUAAGAUAUUUUAAAUGAAAGAUUUUUGCACGUCAAUUCGGAAUUUUUUUAUCAGGAAAUUUAUAUUUUAUACUUUUUUACUGCUACAAUUUGUAAUCAGGAGAUGAAAUUUAUUUAAAAAAAAAAAACAAAUAAAUGUUUAAAUUUCGAAAGUAAUUUUGGGUAUUCAGAAUAAUACAUAAAUGAAUGAAAUAACGUAAGCUUUUUUCUACUGUAGUCACAAAAUUUAAUUGAUGGGAUAAAUUUUGAAAGAAAAGAUUUUGCUAUUUUUCAAAAAUAUUUUUUGUUCAAUGAAUAUUUCGAAUUUUUGUUUUGACAAAAAAGAAAAUCGAAUAGAAUUAUCGUUGUAAAAAAGCUUCAUUGCAAAAGUGUUAUAAUUCAUUUUUGUCUGGAUAAAAGGUCUUUGAAUAUUUUCUUUGAAAAUAGGACGAAUUUCAGUUUAUAUAUCGUUUAAAUGAUAAAUCAUAAGCAAAUAUGCGCUCAUAUCAAGAAAUGUAAUUUUAAAGUUUCAUUGGAGAAGUUUUUAGAAUUGAAACUUUCAAUUAGGCUGCAAAAAUCACAUCAUUUGAUACAAUUAAUUCAAUUAUGUUUUGAAUAUCAAUAAAAAUAAUCCGAAUGGUUUA